CUUUUAAAAUCUUUAUAUACAUUGUGAAACCCACAAUACUCCCAUCACAGCCAAGCAAGCAAGUUUUAGAUAGAAACAAAGAUGGGAGUCUUACAAUAUUAUUUCUCAAUGAAAGUUUUGAUGUGGGUUUUAGUAGUUUUUGUUCAAAUUCGUGAGCAUAACGGUUGCUUGGAGGAAGAGAGAAUUGGUCUUCUUCAAUUGAAGUCAUUUCUUAUGUCCAACCCUUACACUUCUUCAGAGCAUCUUCUUCCUUCUUGGGUUGAAGAUGACUCAAAGAGUGAGUGCUGCGGUUGGGAGCGGGUCACGUGCAACUCCACCACAAGACAUGUGAUAGAACUGUCCCUCGAUAAUUUAAAAUCGUCCCUUGGCAAUCCAUAUUACUACACACCAGAAACUGUUGCCGAGGUAUGGUCACUAAAUGUGUCUCUGUUGGAGCCUUUCAAGGAGUUAAGAAGUCUUGAUUUAUCCCUUAAUGCGAUUAAUGGAUGGAUAGUAGAUGAAGGAUUGGAAAACUUCUCAAGCUUGAGAAAUCUGGAAAGUUUAAACCUUGGUUAUAACUUCUUUAACAACCAUAGUAUACUACAAUCUUUGGGUGCUAUCACUUCGCUCAAGACCUUAAAUCUUACUUGGAAUGGGUUGGUUGGUUACUUUCCAGCCCAAGCAUUAGUUGGGUUGAGAAACUUGAACACGCUGGAUAUAAGCAACAAUUGCUUCAAUGGUACCCUGCCAAAUCAAGGUUUCGAAAGGCUGGCGGUACUGAAAAACUUGCAGACAUUAAUCCUCGAUGAAAAUUGCUUUGAAAAUUGCUUCGAUGACAGCAUCUUACCAUCUCUGAGUAGGCUUACAUCCCUUACGACACUGAGUCUUGCAAAGAAUGUGGAUUUGGGAUUACGAGGAAAUGGGGAAGGAGGUUGGGAAAGCUUGUCAAGAUUGGAGAAUUUGGAGAUAUUAGAUUUAGUUUCUGUUACCUCAACAAGAGCAGUAUUUUACAGUCACUUGCUGCAAUCAAAUCCCUAAAGAAUUUGAAUCUUGCUGGGAAUAAGUUCACAGGAUCAUUGCCAAUAAAUGAUUUGGCAAAUUUUAGCAAGUUGGAGAUUUUGGAUAUCAGCGAAAAUUUGUUCACAGGAAGUGUUUCUCCUUCUAUUCGGGAACUAUUUUCUCUCAAGGCCCUGUCACUAUCUUCCAAUGAACUCAACGGCACUCUACCUACUC